AUGGCUCCUACCACCCAGAAAGCACUCGUCAUCCCUGCCGCAAAGGCGCCCUUCCAGCUCGUUGCCGACUGGCCUGUUACUAAACCGGGUCCAUCCGACGUUCUCAUCAAGCUGGUCUCGGUUGCGCUCAAUCCUGCAGACGCGUGGAUCAAGGAAUUUGGUGCCGGACCGCCGCUCGUGCCUGGCUACCCGUUCAUCCUCGGGGACGAUGGCGCGGGUGUCGUCGAGGAGGUGGGUCCUGAAGUAACUAAUGUCGCGAAGGGGGAUCGAGUGUUAGUUGUUGGGGGAUUCAACAAUGACCGCGCGAUGUUCAAGGAAUACCUAACGUACCCCGCCCGCGAAGUCGUGAAGAUUCCAGACAACCUCUCUUUUGACCAAGCAGCCACCGUCCCCCUCGCCUUCGCGACGGCUGUCACCCCCAUCUGGGCAUCUGGAGAAGGCGCCAAUUCUGUUCGUUUCACUCCGCCAUGGGAAGAGGGCGGUACGACCAAGUACGCAGGCAAGCCCGCGCUCGUCCUCGGAGGGUCGACCUCCGUCGGCCAAUUCGUGAUCCAACUCGCGCGCUUGCAGGGCUUCUCGCCCAUCAUCGCGACCUCCUCCCUCAGGAAUGCGGAGUUCCUCAAGUCGAUCGGCGCGACCGACGUGCUCGACCGCUCUCUCUCCCCCGCCGACAUCAAGAACGCGCUCUCGUCGCUCACGGGCGGCAAGCCGAUCGAGUACGUCUACGACGCGUGGGGCCGAGACCGCGAGAGCGCGCGGGUCGGGUACAGCGUGCUCGCGCCCGGGGGCGCGUUUGCGACCGUCAUCCCGCAGGAGCUGACGGACAUCGCGGACCUCGUGGAGGAGAGCGAGAAGAAGGGCGAAGGCAGGCGUAUCGGGCAGGCUUGGGCGACCUAUGACACGCCGGGGAACAAGGAGCUCGGGGAGGAGAUCUACAAGCGGCUGACGGGGUGGCUCGAGACGGGUGCGAUCGUGCCAAACAGAGUGGAGGUGCUCCCCAACGGGCUUGCGGGGGUCGAGACGGGGCUGCAGAGGAUGUUAAAGGGACAGGUCAGCGGCGUUAAGCUCGUUGUGCAUAUUUCCGAGACCCCGUGA